AUGAUGACCGAAUCUGAUGGAGAGACUGCUUCUUUGUUCCCAAAGGCUGCCCGAAUGAGGAACUUGACUUACUCAUCUCCACUUUACGUAGAUGUUACCAAGAGAGUGAUAAAGAAAGGCUAUGACUGUGAAGAAGUCACUGAGACUCAGGAUUUUAGCAAAGUUUUUAUUGGAAAGGAGAACGAUUUAACGGAGGUGGGAGAGUGUCCUUACGAUCAAGGUGGCUACUUCAUUAUCAAUGGAAGUGAGAAAGUUUUGAUUGCUCAGGAGAAGAUGAGUACCAACCAUGUCUAUGUGUUCAAGAAAAGGCAGCCUAACAAGUAUGCUUAUGUGGCUUAUGUUCGGUCUGUGUCUGAAUCCCAAAACAAGUCCCCCAGUGGCAUGUUUGUCAGGAUGCUCGCUCGGACAAGUGCCAAAGGGUAA